AGGGUAUAUUACUUGUGUCCAACAUAUUUUAGAGUGAACAUGGGAAGUAUACAAUAGCCAUGACACAAAUAUCAUAUUCAAUUGUGAAGUUAGCAUCCUUCAAAUAUGAAAAUAGAGUUUACCUUUGGCCACUAUAACACAUGCUAUUCGAUUUUGACAAUCGUGAUUCAUGGCCUUUGCAAGACUUUCUUUCUAGUUCUACCCUUGUACUCAACUCAGCCAACUUUUGUUGACUUCUUCCUGUCCAACACUCGAGUUUCUGAAAAUUUGAUUCAAGUGGACAUCAACCAUAUAUUUUCUUUUUCAUUUUUAUUUCAAUAUCUUGAGAAAUUGAAAUAUGAGGAUGCCUUCUCUUUUGAGAAGGCAAGGAUCAAGAUUAACAGUUAUUACCUGCCAAAAUUUUGCAGCAAUGUUUCUUUUUCUUCUUUUUCUAAGUUCCAUUUUUUCUGGUGCAACAGCACAACAAAGAGUUUCCAAUAUCAGCCUUGGUUCUGCACUCACCCCCACUAGCACUUCAUAUUGGUCCUCAAAUUCUGGCCAUUUUGCUUUUGGUUUUUACCCAGAAGGGAAUGGCUUCGCUGUUGGCAUUUGGUUUGCGAACAUCCAGCAGAGAACAGUCAUAUGGACGGCAAAUCGCGAUGACACUCCACUUCCAAGUGAUGUGACCUUGACCUUGAGUACUGAUGGCAGGCUCAUCUUACAGUUUAAUCAAGGCCAGGAGAUACCCAUUUCAGAUGCUACUCUGUAUGCUUCCUCCGCCUCCAUGCUUGAUUCCGGUAACUUUGUACUCUAUGAUUCAGAAUCAAGGAUCAUUUGGCAGACUUUUGAUGCUCCAACAGACGCUAUAAUAUCAGGACAACGCCUUCUGGCAGGGAAACAACUGGUGGCUAGCAUCUCCAACACAAAUCAUUCAAGUGGAAGAUUUGAACUCAUCAUGCAAACAGAUGGCAACCUGGUGUUGUAUCCUGCACAAAAUCCAAAAGCACCAAAUUCUGCUUACUGGCAUACAGAAACAUUUACUGCUGGAAAUAAUGUGAGUUUGAACCUCAAAAGCAAUGGGCAGUUAUACCUGCUAAAUUCUACUGGCUUUAUUAUAAAGACUCUAAAAGAUGCGGGAACUAUAUCUGGUAACCCAAUCUAUCGUGCAACAAUUGAUGUAGAUGGAAUAUUCAGGCUGUAUUCACAUAAUCUGGAUCAAAACAGUAAUUGGUCGAUUGAGUGGUCAUCAUCUGACAACUUGUGCAAUCCAAUUGGCUUGUGUGGCUUGAAUUCAUAUUGUACUCUUGCAGGUGGGAGUCCUACAUGUGUUUGUACUCCUGGUUUUGAUUUUAUUGAUCACAGCCAGAAGAAUUUGGGCUGCAAGAAGAAUUCCUCUUCAGUUGAUUGCACGAGCUUGGCAGAGAGUAAUUUUACCAUGCAUGAACUGAGGGAUAUAACAUGGGAAGACAACCCAUAUUCUAUUCUCUCAUCCAGCACAAGAGCUGCAUGCAGAGAGGAAUGUUUAGGAGACUGCAACUGUGAAGCUGCAAUAUAUAAUCAGAAUCAAGAGUGCAGAAAACAAAAGCUUCCUCUGAGAUUUGGGAGAACCCAAAAAGGUCAAAUCUCAACUUUUAUUAAAAUAAGCAUUGGAAAUUCAAGGACAACAGGGGGGAGCAUUGAAAGAAAAAAUGGACAAGGAAAGGAUGUCCUAAUAAUAGGCAUUGUAUUUUUAACUCUUUCAAUUAUUAUGCUAGCAAUUUUUGGCAUUCUAUUCUUCAGAUAUCGCAUUUGGAAUUACAAAAAGAUUUCAAGUCAUCCAAAUGAUGAACUGCUAGAAGAUGUCACAUUGCGAUCAUUCACAUUUGAUGAGCUCAAGAAAGCAACAAACAAUUUCAAGAAUGAAAUUGGUAGAGGGGCUUCCGGGACAGUUUUUAAAGGGGUCUUAUCAAAUAGCAGUAGAGCAGUGGCCAUCAAGAGGUUGGAGAAAAUGGUGGCAGAAGGUGAGAGGGGAUUUCAGAAUGAGAUGAAAAUAAUAGGGAGAACCCAUCACAAAAACCUUGUUCGACUGUUUGGUUACUGCCAAGAUGGGACUAAUAAGCUUCUGGUGUAUGAGUACAUGAGCAGCGGCUCACUUGCAGAUUUUCUCUUCAAAGGUGAAGAAAAGCCGGCUUGGGAGGAAAGAAUACAAAUCGCACUGAACGUAGCCCGAGGCAUUUUCUAUUUGCAUGAGGAGUGUUCGACACCGAUAAUCCACUGCGACAUCAAACCUGAAAACAUAUUGAUGGAUGAGAAAGAAGGAGCAAAAAUUGCAGAUUUUGGUUUGUCUAAGCUUCUAAUGCCCAACCAAUCAAAGACAUAUACAGGAGUCAGAGGAACAAGAGGAUAUGUUGCACCUGAAUGGCACACGAACUUACCAAUAACUGUCAAAGCAGAUGUCUACAGCUACGGAAUCAUGUUGCUAGAGAUUAUAUGCUGUCGAGAGAAUGUGGACAUGAGUGUUCCAGACGAUGAGAUAGUUCUUGCAAACUGGGUCUAUGACUGCUUUGAGGCUAAGGAGCUAGAUAAGCUAAUGCAGGAUGAAGUGGUUGAGGAGGGUAAAUUUGAGAGGAUGGUUAAGGUGGGACUCUGGUGCAUCCAGGAUGAGCCAUCAUUGCGGCCGUCAAUGAAGAAGGUGCUCCUGAUGUUGGAAGGGACAAUAGACAUACCAACCCCUCCUAGUCCUCCUGCCUUUUCCAGUAGCUAUGACAAGAGGGCAACAACAUCUUUGACAGUUGUAUGAUUGUGCAGUUACAUGGUCAUAUUUCUUGUAGCAUCUGCUUUCUGUAUUUAAAAAGAUGAAUUUUAUUGUUCUAUCUAGAAACUGCUUGUGAAGCUUGAUCCAGCACGAACAAGAACUUUACCACUUC